ACUUUUUGAGAUCCACCCAGACGUCUCCCUGCAAUGGAUCUUUAGCACAAUAUCUUUCAUGCAGAUGUUGUCCUGUAUUGUAACGAAAUAUAGGCUGCUUUGUGUCAGUUAAAGAGUUUAGAAAUAACGAAAAUGGAAAGUAUUAAUACAGUAACCCAGAUAAACUGGCACUCAGAACCGGAGAAAAGUGAUGAUGAUCAGUCAACGUCAAGUUCACAGGUUGUUUGUGGAGGAUGUCGAAAGAAACUCCGGAGUUUAUUACCGGUGAAUUAUAAAGAAGAAACUGUAGAGCUGCUAAAACUGGCUGGACCAGUGUUUAUAUCUCAGCUGAUGAUCUUUCUGAUCAGUUUUAUCAGCACUGUGUUCUGUGGACACUUGGGGAAAACUGAACUGGCCGGUGUGGCUCUGGCUAUUGCUGUUAUUAAUGUGACUGGCAUCUCCAUCGGCUCUGGAUUGGCAUCUGCAUGUGAUACACUCAUCUCUCAGACGUUUGGAAGUAAUAAUCUGAAGCGGGUGGGUGUGAUACUGCAGAGAGGGAUUCUCAUCCUCCUGUUGGCCUGUUUCCCCUGCUGGGCACUGCUCAUCAACACCGAGCCCAUCCUGCUGGCUGUCCGACAGAGUCCCAGUGUGGCCAGUUUGUCACAACUCUAUGUAAAAAUAUUCAUGCCUGCUCUGCCUGCUGCCUUUAUGUAUCAGCUGCAAGGACGGUAUCUUCAAAAUCAGGGUAUUAUUUGGCCGCAGGUCAUCACAGGAGCAGCAGGAAACAUCCUCAAUGCUUUAAUAAACUACAUCUUCCUUCAUCUGCUUGAUCUUGGUGUGCCAGGAUCUGCUGCUGCAAACACUAUUUCCCAGUAUUCCUUAGCUGUGUUUCUCUAUGUAUACAUCCGCUGGAAGGGCCUGCAUAAAGCCACAUGGGAUGGCUGGUCUCUUGACUGUCUGCAGGAAUGGGGUGCCUUCAUUCGCUUGGCUUUUCCCAGCAUGCUUAUGCUAUGUGUGGAGUGGUGGACAUAUGAGAUUGGUGGAUUCCUAGCAGGGCUCAUCAGUGAGACUGAGCUAGGAGCCCAAUCUGUUGUGUAUGAGCUGGCCACUAUUGCAUAUAUGUUUCCACUGGGAUUUGCAGUGGCAGCCAGUGUGAGGGUGGGAAAUGCACUCGGAGCUGGAAACACAGAACAAGCCAAGCUGUCUGCCAAAGUAUCUUUAGCCUGUGGAAUGCUGGUUUCUUGUGUGGUGGCAACCUUAAUUGGAAGUACAAAAGAUAUUAUUGGAUACAUCUUUACCACAGAAGAGGAGAUAGUGCUCAGAGUAUCAGAGGUCAUGAUCAUGUAUGGCUUCUUUCAUUUAUUUGAUGCGAUUGCGGGCAUUACAGGUGGCAUUGUCAGAGGUGCUGGAAAGCAGCUGCUCGGUGCUCUUUGUAAUAUUGUGGGAUAUUAUUUUGUGGGAUUCCCAACUGGAGUGUCUCUGAUGUUUGCUCUCAGCAUGGGCAUAAUUGGUCUGUGGAUUGGGUUAUUUGGUUGUGUUUUCCUACAGUCUUUGUUCUUUAUCAUCCUUAUUUGCAAACUGGAUUGGAAAAAAGCGACUCAAGAGGCCUUGAUCAGAGCAGGUGUACAAGCCCCUAAGACUAAAGAUGAAUCUUAUGCUAUGGAAAAUAAGGGCUGCACAGAAGAAGUACCACAGGAAUCCCAGCACACUGAAGAAGGCCAAACAGAUGCAAACUCAGAUGUGGAAGGGCUCAGUGAAGGAGGAGGAAUAACAGAUGCUGGCACAAAGAUCACAGUUGAUGUGGUUUUGACAACCAAACAGCUUGUUAUCCGUCGAGGACUUGCAGUUUUCUUCAUGCUGCUUAUACUAGCUGGAGGGAUUGUGUUAAAUGAGAAAAUCCACCAUUGCCUGGGCCACCUAAGCAAAGUUAAUAGUAUUUGAGGUAGAUGACUAUGUUUUAUUUAUUUUUCUAUUUAUUUUUUAAUUCCAAGCAGCCUUUUUACAAUCUCUGGUAUUUGAUGUGGUAAUUGUGUCAUAGACUUGCACUGUGAAAUUAAAACAUUUCUGGAAGUGAUGUUUUUUUGAAUUUCAAGAUAAGCUGUAAUGGUUUCUUGACAUGUAUUUUUUAUUUAUUGUCAGUAUUGGGCUUGAUUGUCAAGCACGUUUCUGCUGAAGACCAUUUUUACCCAGGACAAAAAAUCCUGUGAAUGUAUAGUUCUUUUACUAAAAUAUAUACUUGUUACUCAUAUUCUUGUCAAAAAAUUUAGGACAUCUAAGGGACCUUAUUUCAGAUAUGCAGAUUCUCUAGGAGAAAAUUAGGUUACACUUAAUUUAAAGUCUCCUUGGUACAGUGUAAUUAUACAUUUAAGAACUUAUAUUUUAUACUUAUAACUUAUAUAAUAUUAAUUAACUACAUGUACUUAUUACUGUAUAUGGUUAGGGUAAGGAUUAGGGUUUGUUUUAGGGUCACUUGCAUUUAAUUAUGCAUAAUUAAUUGUUAUUAUAAUAUUAAGUACAUGUAAUAUGUGUAACAAGGACACCUUAAAAUAAAGUGUUACCAAAAAUUAUUGAAUUAGCAUUACCAACUUGAACCCAGAGAAAAGUCUGCAUGGGGAAAUCUUUAGCUUUUUCACAAAAUUUCCAUUUGCGUGGAUUUCUGUUGACAUGACUAGAUUUUGCCUGUGAAAAAUUGCAGCCUGUGUUUAGUUAGAUUGCAUGGUGUUGACCAGCACUGAAAUUAAACUGUAUGAUCAUUG